AUGAAUAGUUCGGUUCGCAUUGCCAAUUUAUUUCUCACAAGCUUUAGUCAUCGAACAACAGCACGUCGGUUUCUGUCGCACUAUCCAAUCGACGAUGUUUUGUUUAACCUCAACGAUGAACAAAUUCAGUUACGGAAAACCGUUUUUGAUUAUGCGCAGAGAGAAAUAGCACCAAAAGCGGCUGAAAUAGACAAGACAAACACGUUCAAUGACCUAAGGAAAUGCUGGCUGGAACUGGGAUCACUAGGUCUCCUGGGCAUUACCAUUCCAACAGAAUACGAAGGUACAGGAGGCAGCUAUACUGACCAUGUCAUUGCCAUGGAAGAGAUUUCUAGAGCCAGUGGAUCUGUGGGCCUGAGUUACGCGGCCAACACUAACCUGUGCAUGAACCAAAUUCGAUUGAAUGGUACGCAUGAACAAAAGGCCAAAUAUUUACCACGGUUAUGCAAAGGUGAAGCUGUUGGAGCGCUGGCAAUGUCUGAACACGGUUCUGGUUCUGAUGUAGUUUCUAUGAAGUUAAAAGCAGAACGAAAAGGAUCCCAUUAUAUUCUAAAUGGUAGUAAAUUUUGGAUCACGAAUGGACCAGACGCCGAUGUGUUAGUGGUGUAUGCUAGAACGAAUCCAGACGCUAAAAAACAGCAUGGUAUUACUGCAUUUAUAAUUGAGAAAACAUUUGAAGGGUUCACUACUGGCCAAAAACUUGAUAAACUUGGCAUGAGAGGUUCUAACACUUGUGAACUUAUUUUCCAAGAUUGCAAAGUACCUGUUGAAAAUGUAUUAGGCGAGGAAAAUAAAGGAGUAUACGUUUUAAUGUCCGGACUUGACUUGGAAAGGAUGGUACUUUCUGGUGGGCCUGUUGGAUUAAUGCAAGCGUGUGCAGACCUGACAUUUGAUUACGUACAUUCUAGAAAACAGUUCAACACUAAAAUUGGAGAGUUUCAAUUAAUUCAGGCUAAAAUAGCUGAUAUGUACACAAUAUUGAGUGCCACUAGGAAUUAUCUAUACAACAUAAGUAGAGCCUGCGAUAAAGGCCACGUGUGCAGCAAAGACUGUGCCGGAGUGAUACUUUUUUCUGCUGAAAACUCUGUUAAAAUGGCAUUGGACACAAUACAAUGUCUAGGUGGAAAUGGAUUUAUAAACGAUUACGCGUCAGGCAGAUUACUGAGAGAUGCCAAGUUGUAUGAAAUUGGUGCAGGGACCAGUGAAAUCAGAAGACUAAUUAUUGGCAGAUCGUUAAACAAAGAAUACUCUUAA